AUGCAUUUAAUUGCUCCAAGGAACGCGUUCCUCCUACUAAGCACGCUACUUCCGGGCAGUGUCAACGCAAACCCCGCACCUUCAAGUUCAACUCAUGUCUCGAUUUCAGUCAACCCCAAAAUACAUUUUCAAGAGGUGGACGGCUUUGGGGCCUCUCAAGCAUUUCAGCGUGCCGAGGAUAUUUUCGGAAAAUACGGUCUCCCCAAAGUCAAUCAGACCCUCGUUCUCAAUUUGCUCUAUGAUGAGAUCAUCGGCGCGGGAUUCACCAUUCUGCGUAAUGGGAUCGGUUCCAGCAAUACCUCAACGAGCAACCUGAUGAACUCCAUCGAGCCCUAUUCCCCAGGCAGCCCCGCGGCGAAGCCUCAUUACACAUGGGACGACUACAACAGCGGCCAAUUCCCAUUGGCACAGCAAGCCUACGAUCGCGGCUUGCAAACGCUAUAUGCUAAUGCCUGGUCUGCUCCCGGAUUCAUGAAGACGAACGAUGACGAAAACAACGGUGGCUAUUUGUGUGGCGUUACCAAUGAGCAGACUUGCUCAACAGGGGACUGGAUACAGGCUUAUGCGAACUAUCUCGUGCAUUAUGUGCGAUUCUACGAGCAGUCUGGCGUGAAGGUGACCCAUUUGGGGUUCUUAAACGAGCCUCAAUUUGCGGCCACUUACGCGGGCAUGCUUUCCAAUGGUACACAAGCAGCGGAUGUAAUCCGUAUUCUUGCCAAAACUAUUAAGGAAGCUGGGUUCGAUAUCAAGAUAAAUUGCUGCGAUGGCAUUGGCUGGGAUGAUCAGGAAAGCAUGAUGGCUGGUCUACAGGCUGGCCCUGACCCCGCAAUCAACUACCUCAAUGCAGUGACUGGCCACGGCUAUGACUCGGCUCCUACCUACCCCUUGAGCACAAAUAAGAAGACAUGGUUGACAGAAUGGGCUGAUCUAACCGGCGACUACACACCGGUGACAUUCUACGAGGACGGAGGUCCAGGAGAGGGAAUGACUUGGGCAAAUCAUAUCCAAGUCGCCAUGCGAGACGCCGGCACCAGCGCAUUCUUGUACUGGAUUGGAGCAGAGAACUCUACUACAAACAGUGCACUCAUCAACCUCCUCGGUAAUGAGGUUCAGCCCUCGAAGCGUUUCUGGGCCUUUGCACAGUUUAGCAAGUUUGUUCGUCCGGGUGCGCGCCGUAUCGAGGCCUCCAGCUCACACUCUAAUGUUACCAUCAGCUCGUUUGAGAAUCAGAAUGGAAAGAUUGCCACUCAAUUGCUGAAUCAGCUUGAUGUUGAUGUUGAGGUUGCAAUCAAGGUUACUGGAGUUAGAGCGGGUGUGGUAGUUCAACCUUAUCUCACGAAUAACGAUUAUGACCUGGAGGUUAUGGAAUCUUUGAAGACUGGGACUGGGGGCUCAUUCAAUACUCGCGUGCCCGCAAGAUCUAUGGUCAGCUUUGUCACAUCAUCCUCUUGA